CCUCCGCUAAAUAAACUUUAACUAUAUAACUACAUCACUACAUCCAACAGUACCUCCCACAGUACCCCCAACAACCCACUGCCAUGCACCAACACAGAAGCUUCAGCUUCGACAGGUUCAAGGCUAAAGUUAGAAGAGCUUCCGACGGCCUGGCUCCCGCACAAGUCUCACCUCCACUACACAAUGCUCCGCAGAAAGCAGAUCUCCGUCGCAACAGUAUGUCCAGCAGCCCUAUGAUCAUCAUUAGUGAAUCGUCCAAUGAACAACUGCUCCAUCUACGCAACUCGUCGUUACCUGCCACUGCUCGUCACACACACCGACUCAGAGCUCAGUCCCUUUCCAUCAUCCAUGCCACAGCCUCACGAUCCCGAUCUCGUUCCACCUCCCGAAGUUCCAUCAACAUCACCAACAGUAACAGUACGUCCACCAAUAAUAACAGUAAUAACAAUAACAAUAAUAAUAAUAAUAGCGGAUCGGGACUCACUCCCACGUCGUCGCCUCCGCUGCACUUCUCGUCGUCGCUCCUCGGAUCUAAGAAGCAAACGAAGGAGUUGAUCAAACAGGAGACAUCGCAGAUCAUCUCUAAGAAACUCUGGCAUGUGCUUGCGGAUCUCGGGCUUCAGCAACCGAUACCACUUAAGACCACCAACUCAUCGGCCAAUGGAUCCGUCUCCAAAUCCGUCCGAUGCUAUGUGGCUAAUACCAAUGAUUGUAUUUAUCUUCCACCCGCAUCUUCGGCUAGUUUCACUUAUGAAGAUGUAGAGAACGGCGGAGCCGUACGAAGAGAUGAGGAAGAAGAAGAAGACGACAGCGACAUAACUCGUACGGAUUCUCUGGCUCUGACGGAGUUUGGAGACGAUGCUCAGCAACAGCACGUCCCCCACAACCUCCAACAGAAACUCAAAUCGUUCCUGUCUCCCAACUACCUCUGCACCAAGAUCGAUCUGGAUUUGGCCAUACCCCAUACAUUUGCCGUGAUCAUUGAACUUCUGAAGGAUACCACCACCGUCAGUAACCUCAAAUUUGAAUUCCAAUCCCUCACCAGUAUCCUCUGGCCCAGUGGGGAUCCGUAUAAUAAGGUUCAUACAAGAGAGAAGUUUACUAUCGGAACUAUGGAAUGGUCUACUACAUUACAUAACUGCGAUUACUAUAUCAAUACGUCCAACUCCAACGAUACCAAGGUGGGCAAUAUCACGCCGGAUGAACUCGCCCGCCGUACAAGAGAGUAUAGAUUGACGAGUAUUGGAAAUUCGACUUCGACUUCGACUUCGACUUCGACUUCGAAUUCCAAAGUUGAAGUAUCGGCCGAUCAUCAUCAUCAUAAUCAUAAUCAAUCCGGGGCACCGGUAUCGGAUGACUAUACCGACUACAAGGCCGGUCUAUAUGUAUUUCUCCUUCCGGUCCUUCUUCCCGACCAUAUCCCCGCCAGUAUCAUCUCCGUCAAUGGCUCCUUACAGCACAAUCUCGCCAUCAACUUCUCCAAAACCUCCGACAAGUUGAACCGCAAGAUCAAAGUCCUUGCCAACUAUAAUCUCCCGAUGGUCAGAACUCCGCCGUCCUUUGCUAAUUCUAUUGCGGAUAAACCCAUCUAUGUCAAUAGGGUAUGGAAUGAUGCACUUCAUUAUGUCAUCACUUUCCCCAAGAAGUAUAUAUCUCUCGGCUCCGAGCAUGUGAUCAAUGUCAAACUUGUACCACUUGUUAAAGAUGUUAUCAUCAAACGGAUCAAGUUCAAUGUAUUAGAACGGAUCACUUAUGUAUCGCAGAAUCUUUCCCGAGAGUUUGAUUACGAUUCCGAUGAUCCUUAUUGUACCCGAACCGAUACCGGCAAGAUCAGAGAACGGAUCAUCUCCUUGUGUGAAUUAAAGACUAAAGUCAAACAACUGUCGGCCACCACCGGAGCCUUGAAUGAUCCCUAUAAGGAGGAGAUUGUCAAGUGUCCCGACAACAAUCUCUUGUUCAGCUGCUACGAGCCGGAGGACUCGACCAUUGAGGUUGAAACAGUGAAGAAAGCCAAAAAGAAGACUGGCCAGAACAGUCACAAUCACAGCAAUCACAACAAUCACAAUAACAAUAAUAAUCAGAACUCGGCCGACACCAUGAUAGCAUCUCCGCUCGACAUAAACAUCUCGCUCCCGUUCUUGACCACUAAGAUGGACAAGAUCUUGAAGACAGCCCAUGACGAUGAGCAUUCAUUUGUGUCUUCUCCGCCGACAUCUCGUAAGGCUUCACUCUCCAUCGAUCACUCCCACACUGGAACAUCCGCAUCCAAUACAGCCGCACCCAACCCUACGGCCUCUACUACCGAAGCCGAGUCCCCCUCUCAUCAUUUGUUACAUCUCCUUCAAUCACCAUUAUCAUCAUCUCCUCCGGACUCCGUCUACCUUACUCCGGAUGCAUCCAAUACCAUUUCCGAUGAGUACAUUUCCCUGCCCAUGACUCACUCAUCAUCGCUUCCGGAAAGUAUUCCGCAGGGCUUUACGGUGGUGUCAAAGGCUCUCUAUCCGGACUCCAACUUCCGUCAUAUCCAGAUCCAUCACCGACUUCAAGUAUGUUUCCGGAUCUCCAAGCCGGAUCCUAAGGAUGACUAUAAGAUGCAUCACUAUGAGGUGGUGGUGGAUACUCCACUUAUCUUACUUAGUGCCAAGUGUAAUGAUCAAUCUAUUCAAUUGCCCCGUUAUCAUGAGGUCGAACUGGAGACUUUAACGGAUACUCCGCCGGUCUUCCGCACUCCUAACUUUUCAUCGGGAGUAUCUAUUCAACCACUCGAUACUUCGGUAUUGUAUGGUGAGCAACUGGAACAACUUCCAUCAUUUGAAGAAGCAACUGCCACUUCAGGUCCGAUCACUCGGUCCUUCUCAAUCGGCCUGAAUGAUCCGCUAAGUCGCGUACCUUCUGCUUCUGGUCCGUCCGUCUCAUCUCCGAUCUAUCCUGCUGAACCAGCACCGGCCUAUGAAGAAGAAGAUGAUCUGGGUAUCUUUAGUUAUGACGAUGAUGAUGUAUCGCCGACAAGAGCCGCACCGGUCGAAGCUGAAGUCGAAGAUCUCGGGAUCGAUGAGUUAGUCAGUUUUGAUGAUCCUUUACUUAAGCUGCGGACAUCCGUUGGUUCAUCAUCAUCGCGGCUCCGUUCAUCUCUUGUAUCUUCAUUUGCACCUAAGACAUCAUCGGCUCAAACAACUACAACUACAUCGACUCCAACUCCGACUCCGGCCCGCAAGAGCUCCAGUAAGUCGAGUCUUCCACUACCACUUCAUGGUAGUUCGGCCGCAGAUGAAGAAGGAUCAAUCAGUUCCAAAUCAACCGUUAGCUCACAGGCUCUUCAAAGAACCGGAACCGGCCAGGCAUUUACGGAUGUAUCAUCUACUCCAACUACAGUAUCAUCAUCCUCUUUGAAUAAAUCCAAUCAUUCAAAUGACGAUGAAGUCGACUCCAUUGUAUCAUUGAACCAGACUAAUGCGGCUGGAGUUGCCAGUGUUUGUGAUGCGGAUGCGGACGAUGAUGAUAAGGGUAGUCUCUUCACUCAGGACACAGCGUACUCACAGAAAGUUCCAUUGUUGACCAACAGUAACCGGACUACUGAAACCAUCAGCAAACCAACAACUUGUCCAUCCACUCAGUUUGGUCAUAUCUUGACUCCAUCGAUUACUGACUCCAGUAUGCUCACCACGACUCCCACCAACACUGACUCCUCCACCACCAAUAUCGGGCUAACUCUGGCUCUGAAUGAUAGUAUUGCUCUUGGGGAGUUAGUUAGGACCCAGCCGCAGUCCCAUGAGCUUUAUCACGCCUUAAGAUAAAGUAUAUAGUUGUAUAGUUGCUAAUGUUAUAGAUUUUUGUUCUGUGUCGCAAACGGCUUGUAGAGAAUAGACAUCCGCAUAAAACGCAUCAGACGCGACAAACGCAUCGAACUCU